UUCCUCGGACACAGCAGAUCACCGAUCCACGGAAAGAGCCAAAGAUGUCGGCUCGGUCAUGUGAUCAGCUGUGGCAGUGAUGAUCAGUGUGCCCUGAUGAUCUGUGUAGCCCCAGCAGCGCCACUUGUCAAUGUCUAUCAGUGCCAACUCUCAUCCAUGCCACCUGCCAGUGCCCAUCAGUGCCACAGCAAUGCCACAUAUCAGUGCCUACCAGUGCACAUCAAUGCCAUAUAUCAGUGCCCAUCUGAGCUGCCUUUCAGUGUCACCCAUCAGUGCCAGUCAGUGCCACCUAUCAAUGCCAGUCAGUGCCACCUAUCAAUGCUGCCAAUUAGUGCCAUCUAUCAGUGCCAGUCAGUG